AUGUACGCUCCGAAAUUAGGAGCAAAGCGCGCGUGCGAUCCCUGUCGACGCAGGAAAGGUGAAAGCGGAAGCAAUCCAGCUGGACAAAAAUGUUCAAGAUGCAUCGCCCAAGAAUUAACAUGCACCUACAGCACUCCACUUCAGCGGGGGAAAGACGAGUCUCGCGAAAUAAGGCUUCUGCGCAAGAGGUGCAAUGAGUUGGAGAACCGUAUAAGCCAAAUCAUGGAGGGACCGAAUGCUAGGCCCUUCGAUAAUCUGUCGACCUUCACUGCCUCCGCAACUCUGCCUUCGGUACCCCAACCUAACGCCCUAAACAUGCAUUCAACAGUGCAUUCUACAAGGAGCGACUUAUUCGCACCCUUAGUAGACAAAGACGACUUAGAGUCAAGCGACGAAGAGUAUGGAAGUAUCAGACUUCUAACUGAACACGUUGACGCGCUGUCUCUCGCGACUGACGGAGGUCGUUCGACCUUCCAUGGAAAGUCAAGCCUCACGGGUGUGAUCGUUCAGAUCGCGCAGACCGUGGCCUCAUCUUCGUCGCGAGUAGCUGACAACUCGAACCUCAGCCAUUCGAAUACCAUCCCGCAGCACCACUCGGUACCCUGGGUCACAGCUCGUGAGGAAUUCAGCCUUCGAUCCUCCAGCGGUGACCUGGAGCUCGAGCUCCCCGAACCAUCCCUGUUACACGAACUGGCUGAGAUCUACUUCGCUCGUGCAAACCCAUGGACUGGGCUCUUGCAUCAUCCUACGUUCUUCCGCUCUGUAGAAAAGGGUCUACAUCACGAAGACCAAGGCUUCGGCAGCGUAGUUCUCCUUGUUUGCGCUCUGGGUGCCCUCCAUUCUGACGACCCGAGGCAUCUUGACGACUAUGCGGCCAGUGGUAACCACGCUGUUUCUGGUUCGGUUUGGAGAUCCGCGGGUUGGAAAUGGGCGUGUCAAAUUGACCCGAUGCGCAACGCAUUGUCUCAUACGCCUUCGCUGUACGACCUCCAAAUGUAUGCAUUGACGUUGAUCACCUUCUCUGCCUAUCCAACUGCGAUCGAUCUAUGCGGUCUUGCCGGAAUCGGUGUGCGGCGUGCGCAGGCUGUAGGAGCUCAUAGACGGAAAGCGUAUGGAGGUAAACUCACGGUAGAAGGAGAGCUGUGGAAACGUGCUUUCUGGGCACUUGUGUCGACAGAGCGCACUCUCUGUGUUUCUUUUGGCAGGCCAUGUUCCAAUCAAGAUUGUGAUCUAGACCUGCCAAUGGAAUGCGACGAUGAAUUUUGGGAUCAUCCAGAUCCCGAUCGUCGUUUCAUCCAACCAGUUGGAAAACCAUCUUUCAUGUCAUUUCGUAUAUGUCUACUCAAGAUUAGUGAGAUCCUUGCUUUUGCCUCCCGGACCCUUUAUUCCACGAGGAGGUCUAGAGUUCUUUCUGGGUUGGUCGGACCCGACUGGGAACAGCGUGUAGUCACCGAGCUUGACUCCUCGCUGAACCGCUGGCAAGAUCUGCUCCCCGCGCACUUGAGAUGGCAACCUAGUUCCACGAACGAUAUAUUCUAUAUUCAAGCUGCAUGCUUAGCCUGCGCGUUCUAUCAUACGCAGAUGUUCAUCCAUCGUCGCUUCAUAUCUGUCAUCAGCGGUCAUACAUCUAGUCCCCUUAUAGAGGCAUCGACUGUGAUAUGCCUGAACGCCGCGAGAUCCUGUGGAAACGUAAUCCUAGCACUUCCACGAAGUCGGGCCUUCUUAUUCUCUCCUCUCUUCAUCACCGCCUUUGCGGAGGCCAUUGUUAUCCUGAUCAUGAACGUAUCGCGAAGGUAUCAUAGUGAAGAAAAACUUUCGGAGCAGGACGUACGUGACCUUGACAUCGCGUCCAAAUGUAUAGCCGUCGCAGAGUAUCAUGAGCAGAGGUCUUUUGUUGCGGGAAAAGCGAGGAGCGUACUAUGCCACAUCGGUUACUUGUGCGGACUCUCCUCUGUUUGGUCGAUGGCGACGCCUCCUGCAACAACUGCCCCAGAGGCCGUGCCGGACAAUACCGCACGUUCGGCACCAAACUUCAGCCAACAAGACUUCUCACUACCGGACGACUUCACGCGAUGGAUGGGUUACGAAGCGCUGCAAACCGAGUUCAAUCCCUUCGGUGCUUUCAACGAGCCCGGGGAUUCGUCACUCUUCGGGUUCCCAUUUGACCUCAAUAGCGGCGAUUCCUUUAUUGAAGAUGGAAAUGCGGCAGGCAUGCCUCCCGCCGACUUUCCAUCAACUUCCACUUCAGACUUCCAGUGGGGAUAACGGAUGUGUCGGGUUUUGUUUGCGCGUAUGUACAGAAUGGAUGAUUGGCUUCUAUCCUAGUACCUCUUGUUUAUCUUACUUUGAGGUGGUUCCAUUCAACGUGUACCACUCCUCUCAGCCU